AUGGGGCAGGCAGUCAUGGUCGGGCUUCGAACACUGUCACGCACGGAGGAGCCCGUGCCUUCCGCAAGCAAGGGGGGCGCGUUGGACGUGGCGGACGUGGUCGUCGAGGAAAUGGCGGCCAAACUACGAACGGUUCGACGGGCGGCGGUUCGGCGAACGGGAACAACGGAGGUGCCUCGACACACGGAGACAGCGCGGGAAAUGCGCAAGGCGGACGCGGCAAUGGUCGCGGUAGCCAAGCUUCCGGUGGAAACGGUCGAGGACGGGGCCGGGACAAUGGAGGCGGAAGAAGCCAAGGAACAGGCUGCUCAUGCCACGCAGGAGUCGACCACGCAGGCGUGGUUGACGCGGAUCGAGGGACCCAGCAGCCAGCUGGAGGGCUUCGCGAUUUUCAUCGGAGAUGACACGCAGGUGAAGACGGAGCCUGAUGACUACAUGCGGGUGCAGAAGGCACCUGUUGCGGCGCUGCCGGAAACGCGCGCCGCCAACAACCCGCAGGCGCAGAAGGUGCCUGGUGCGGUGCAGCUAGAGGAGCGCGCAGCUGGAGUUGUGCAGGUGCAGGAUGUGCCUGCUGCGGUGCUGCGUGAUGAGCGCGCCGCUGGUGAUGUGUCGGUGCAGGCGGUACUUGUGGCAACGACUCACCUUCAGGCGGAGGAGGCGUCUGAUGGAACAGAGUAUGUCGCGUACACCAACGUGUUUCAUGUGGAACAGCUGGCGGACAAAGCAACAACCGGAGUGAAGUUCAACAGGAACAUCGAACCAGAGUCGCUCCAAGAGCUCAUCCAGAACGAAGCGGAUCCUUUGGGGACAUGCAUCGGCAAGGUGCACUGCGAUGGCGGAGCAGAGUUCAAGGGAAGGUUCCAAGCGUUGCUACUCCUGGGAGCACCGUACCUUCCAGGCCACCUGUGGGGCGAAGCAUUCCAUACAGCUAUCCACCUCAAGAAUCGCACACCUACGGAGGGUCGGGGCGGAAAGGCCCCACUUGAGGUAUGGGAGGGGAAACCGCUCGGUGACAUGUCGCACAUCCACGAAUGGGGCUCGGUAGCCUAUAAGCACGAGGAAGCGCGAUUCCGCAACACCAAGCUGUCAGCUAGGGCCAAGAAGAUGUAUCAUGUGGGGUACAACACUAAAAAUAGGACAUACAGGCUGUGGGAACCAGCGGAGCCUCGUCUUCUUCUUCUUCUUCUUCUUCUUCUUCUUCUUCUGGCGGAGUACGUGGCGUUGUCCAAGGCUUGCCAGCUCAUUAUCCUCUUUCGGCACCUACUGGAGACAAUAAUUCGUGCCCAGAAGGAGGCAACGGUGCUUUACGAGGAUAACUCCGGGGCUAUAUUGACUAGCCUUAGCUCCAAGAUCACGCUCAGGACCAAGCAUAUUGAUUUCAAGUAUCACCACAUCAGGUCGCUGAUCCAGGAUGGAGUCGUAAAGUCCGAGAAGAUCAAGUCAGCAAUGCAGAAAGCUGACAUGUUUACAAAGAGUUUGGGUACUGUGAAGUUCAUCAAGAACCGCAUGAUGCUCCUAGGAGAAUAA